AGCUCAGCGAGGAGGGGUGUUGCAAGGCCGGCGCGAUACGCCGGGGGCGGCUAGCGGAUAAGCACCGCUCAGUGGGCGCAAGAGGCGGAGGGGGGGCAGGUCUCCGGGUACCGGGCCAAGCAGCCCGGCCUCUUUCCCAUGCCUCGGGAAGCCGCUGCAGAGGGGCGGCGGCGACGACGGAGGAGGAGGCGGAGAAGCGGCGUGGUGUGAGGAGCGUUGCAUGCCGCCGGGGAGCGGAGGGGGACGAUGCGCGAGUAUAAGGUGGUGGUCCUAGGGAGCGGCGGGGUCGGUAAGUCGGCUCUGACCGUGCAGUUCGUGACCGGAACAUUCAUCGAGAAGUACGACCCGACGAUUGAGGACUUCUAUCGUAAGGAGAUCGAGGUGGACUCGUCCCCCUCCGUGCUGGAGAUCCUUGACACGGCCGGUACCGAGCAGUUCGCAUCUAUGCGGGAUCUGUACAUCAAGAACGGGCAAGGCUUCAUCCUGGUGUACAGCCUGGUGAACCAGCAGAGCUUCCAGGACAUCAAGCCCAUGAGGGACCAGAUCAUCCGCGUCAAAAGAUAUGAAAAGGUGCCAGUAAUCUUGGUUGGCAACAAAGUUGACUUAGAAAGUGAACGUGAGGUAUCAUCCAGCGAAGGACGUGCCUUGGCUGAAGACUGGGGAUGUCCUUUCAUGGAAACAUCAGCAAAAAGUAAAACUAUGGUGGAUGAGCUCUUUGCAGAAAUUGUGAGGCAAAUGAACUAUGCAGCCCAGCCAGAUAAAGAUGACCCUUGCUGUUCUGCGUGCAAUAUACAAUAGAGGUUUUAUGUAAUUUAGGUAGACAUGACUAUUUUAGCCUCAAAGGUUUAAAUAAAAGUUUUAAUUUUUUUCCAUGUGUUUACCCAAAGAAAAGCUUUGCAAGAGGACUGCAUCUGAAACAUGAUUACUGUAUGGACAACCCAUCUUGAUCUGUAGUGUGGAGAAUUACUGAAAAGGUAAUUUGUGGCAUUCAUUUCUACAGCUGACACAGCAAUCAUGUUCCACCACGUGAACGAUGUAGAUUGCAACAGGACUCUAUUCCUACAAGAUAAAGGUAAGACCAUGCAUGAAGUGGCAACCUCAACUACUGCAAGCAUUCUUCCUGAACUGGACAGCAAGGGGCACUUACAUUUACGAAGCUGACUGACAUCCAUCCCAUUGUGUUUCUGACAAAACAAAAAUUCUAACCCAUCUGCAUUACCCCCAAAAGGAUGAGGAAGUAACUAAAUACAGAAGAUGAAGACUUUGAACAUGGGACAGUCAUGUUUUGGGAAAUUAAGCCAUGUUGCACCCAGUUGAGGGAGCCAGGUUUUUCGGUAUGCUUCCCAUUGAUUACGGACCUCAAUAUUUUUGACGUGGUUCUCACUAUGUUAUUGGCUUGUUUCUAUUUAGCGUAACAAUUUGACUGAAGUUAAUAAGAUUUUUUCUUUAUUUUUAUUUUUUAAACUUGAUGCUGACAGGCCAUUGUGAAGUGAAUGUUGACGUGACAAGGUGCUGAAGAUACGCCGUUUCAUUUAGGUCUGACACAAGUAUUUGCAUGGGCAACUGCACACAAAUGCAAAUUACCUGCUUAAUUUUGUUCGAAACAAUUUCAAUGGAUUUACAAUUUGAGGGCAGAAAAAUCAAUAUUGCAUAUGGUCAUUAAAAAAGAACCACCCAUACUCUGCUAAACCUAGCAUCAUCUUAUGUUUGGUAGAAUAGUUUUCUUUUGUGAGAGUGAGAAGCUGUGUGAAUGUACCGUACAUUUGUUUUCUGGUUUACAAUUAUCGUAUUUGAGCUGAGGUUCAUUGUAUUUGCUCCACAGUGUAAAAUGUGUACAAUGAACUAUCCCAGAGAAGUGCUUUCUUGUGGCUCAGAAUAGGAUGUGU